UUGCAGUGCACAAUCAACAUUGUCUUUGAUCGCGUCGGGAAGGUGGACCCUGUGACGAGGGGAAUGCAGAUUGCUGUUCAUUACAUGGGAUUUGAUGUUGAUGUGAAGUUUUGGUCGCAGCAUAUAUCUUUUAUUCUGGUUGGCAUCAUUGUCAUCACUUCUAUACGAGGCCUAUUGAUAACCCUCACUAAGUUUUUCUAUGCAAUUUCAAGCAGCAAGUCCUCCAACAUAAUUGUCUUGGCUCUCGCCCAAGUCAUGGGAAUGUACUUUGUUUCAUCUGUGCUGUUGAUAAGGAUGAAUAUGCCUGCAGAAUAUAGGUCCAUCAUCACAGAAGUACUGGGCGAGCUGCAGUUCAACUUUUACCACCGGUGGUUUGAUGUGAUAUUCCUUGUCAGUGCACUCACAAGCAUCGGCUUUCUUUACUUGGCCCACAAGCAGGGCCCUGAACGUGACACUGUGCCAUAACUCGGCUUCUUCGUGAAUGACAACACUUGUUUCACGUGGGCAUGCUAGGUAGACUUUCACACCUGACUGAGAAGUGCUUAUUGUACGAUGUCAAAUCCUGGCACACACUGAUCAGCCAUACUGCCACAAAAAUAUUGACAGGGUCAUCUGUGAAGACUUGAGGCCACUAAGGUAUUGCUGAAAAGAAGACUCAAGAGCCUGCAAUAAUAAAACAUUACUUAUAUUGUGUUCUAAUAAACUGUUCAUCUAUAUUUUCAUAUUCAA